AUGAAGAAAACGACGGAGAGGAUCGAGGUGAGGAAGGAUGGGAUGGAAUGCCCGUACGGGUACCCCGUGCCCAUGAGCCUCAUCCAAAUUCAUCAGCUCACUUUCAAGGUCAAGAAGGGCGAGGCGGUAAGUCGGCGGCAAAGUUUUGGGGAAAAGUUCCUUAUUCUGGCCACAACAUAGGCACUCUGCGAACUGCGCCCAAACUUUUGAUCGAAAAUGAGGAAAAAAGGCUUCGGCCUAGCUGGCACUGAAUUACUAUAGUAGCUCUACAGUUUUAAGGGUAUCUACGAAGACUAUAACGACUCACUUAAUUCACACGGAGGCAAUAAGUGUAGUUCCGGGCAGGUUUCAUCGCAUAAAGUGUAAAAUCGCAGGCUGCAGCCGUUUUUGAAGGGUAAGGUGGUACUGAAAAAAGAAGGUACCCUCACUAACUAAAUUCACAGUCGGGGCAUUUUCAACGAUGAAUUGAGCCUGCAAGCCAAAUUGGGGCUAAUUCUGAUCAGUUUCCGCAAAGUUAUAAAUUGUGGCCAGAAUAAGGAACUUUUGCCAAGUUUUGAGCUCUGCCAGUCAUUGUUAGUCGAUGAUGUUGUGAGGUGUAAAAAAUCGUAUUUCAACAUGUUGUCAACAAGAUUUCUUUAGAAAAAAGUGAAUUUUUUUUCGUUUUUCAAGCCAUUUUACUUGCAAACACAGCGGACCCAAAUUGACUUAUAAAAACAUAUAAUGACUUAUAAUGAAAUGAUUUUUUUAUAAGUCAUUAUCUGUUCUUAUAAGUCAUUUUAAAUGACUUAUAUGUUCAUAUAUGAUUUUAUAAGGGUUCUCUGUGCGCUCUUGUUGAAUUGACUUAUAAUUUCAUAUAUGUUUUUAUAAGUCAUUUUAUUUAUAACCGCACCGUGCAAAAAAUGAAGAUUUAUUUCAAUCUAUAACUCAAACAAUAAAGCGGCACAAGUAGAAUAAGACUUCAAUGCACGAAGGACCUGAGAUUUUUUGAUGGGGCGUUCGUCGCUUCUGUAGGCGACCGUAGAUGUAUAUUAUUGCUUCUAAUGCUUCUGGUUUAAAACUGAAAAUAUUUGGAGAUAUUAGAAGUUUUUUUUCGGGAAACUAUAAUAUGAGUUCGGCUUAAACUCAAUUUUUUAGGCGUUACAUACUAACAGUAAAACAGAUGAAUUUGAACUGCCUAAAAGGUUUCUGGCGGAAAAUUUUUUAGACAUGAAAUUUGCGAUAUUGUACUAGGUCCAGGUGAAUGCUAUCAGUCAUACCUGAAGCUACCGGAUGUCAUCUUUCUAUUCAUCGUGUAUACAUUGUCCAUUGGAUUCCUCCAUGACCAUUUUUGUAGUUAUCUAAAACCCAACGGGUUCACCUGGACCUAGUACAAUAUAACAAAACUUUGUCUUGAAGUUUUUUCGAGACCUCUGAAAUGUGGAAAACAGUUAAAAAACACCUACCAAAAUUGAGCAAAUGGAUCCUUUAGCAAUCCGUUGGUUGAUCGUGCAUGUUUAUACAUCUUCUGGGGAUGGAUCUUCUUCAGGCUGGCAUGCUCCCUGCACGGGAAGGCUAUUACGUUAGGGAACGUUCGGGACUUUUCAUCUAAACACUCUAAACUCUUGCAAAACAAAAAAAGGCUGAUUAAAAGCAUCUUACUUUGAUCGAUCCAAGGUAGAAAUACGUCGCGACGUUCCAAAAACUUAGAAUUUCACAAGUCCAGCUCACGCGUGCACAAAGCAAAAAGCGUAUUUGGCGCUCAAAAGUUUUCUUUGCAAAGAACUUAUUUGUUAUUAUAAGUUCUUAUUUGUUUUUAUAAGUAAAGAGAAAUAAGCCCCUCCUCUUUUGACGUUAUUUUGACUUAUAAGUCAUUAUCUGUUCAUAUAAGUCGUUAUAUGUCUUUAUAAGUCAAUUUGGGUCCGCUGUGAAGGAAGACCUCCAAGUGCGGCGCUCAGACUUCAAUUUUCUUGAAACUUUUCACACACAUUGAGCAUAGGCCACGUGACAAUUCCUCAAAAUUUUAGCACGCCCUUUGCAGGGGCAGCCGAGAUAUUCAACGAUCUUUUCGGACGAGAGAGUAUGCCAAAUGCGGAGAAGGGUCAGAGAGAAAACACCUUUUUGGCCAUAACUUUGCCGGUUUUGCGCGGAAAAAUUUGAUUUUUUAUGGAAACAUUACCCUCUACGGUAGAAAUAUGUGCAAAAAUUUUUAUGCCAAAAUUCGCAAAAAAAUAUCGCAUUUUUGCCAAUUUUCGACCAAAAAAUCUUGGUUUUUUCUGCAAAACGUGAGCUAGAAAUCUCGCAUAUUUCUCGGAAAAAGUUAUUCUAAAUUUGUGACAAGUUCCAUCAAAAUCCCAAAACUGCAUUUGAAGCCUGUCCUCGUCGGUAAUUUGGCCUGCAUUUUAGGCCGGGAUCCGAACGAAUAACAUGCUGACCGUCACCAAAAUCGACAUUGGUGGUGCCGCCGAGUCCGAAGUCAAGUUCGGCGACUGCAUCCGGAAGCUGAAUGACGUUGAUGUGUGUCCGGAUGGUAUGAAAAUCACGAGGAAAUACAGUGUUUUUUAGGGAAAGCGAACCGUCAAUUGUUCGUAGAGACGUUCCGGAAGCUGAAUACCACCGACUUUACGGUAGGUCAUCUUAAAAAAAAAAUACUUUUGGCAAUGAUGAUUUCUCAAGUAAAAGGAUUUUUGGGAAAAUUACUUACAGUGACCGACCUGAUCCAGUGGAAGAAACGUACCAUUUUGCAUCCGGGAAGUAUCAAAAAUGUGGCAAAAUGCCUCACUGGCCAAGUGAAAAAACUCCGUUUUGAAGGGCGCGCCCUUUCCUCCACAAAAAGAUCGGCUUUUAAAAUUGAAGUUUUUCACUUGGAGAGGGAGGCAUUUUGCCACAUUUUUGAUACUUCCCGGAUGCAAAAUGGUACGUUUUUUGUCACUGGUUCGGCUCUGUAAGUGCAAUGAAAAUUACUUUUAUUUUUAGUGUGAAAUGACGGUUUAUCGACCAGUUACCACCACCGAAGCGGCCAGUCGACUGGAGAAGGUCAAGAAACUUCCCGGAUUCAUUUACAAAGUCGCUGUAAUGUUCUCCAUCCCCGGCUGCAAACUGGCCCUCUGCAUUCGAGGGGUGGAUAACAAAGUCUACGUCUCGCAGGUAGGGGAGGGUGAUGAUUAUUUGAGGCUGGGAAAAAAAGACAUUUUGAAAAUUGUAGCGGAUUUGGGGGAGAAAUUGAUAACUUUUCGCAGAUCGGCCACAAGUCAAAAAAAAUGUAAAAGUGAAUGCGAGCUGCGUCCAGAAAAUAGAAAACUAUGCGAUUUACCGACAAUAAAUAGAAGCCUAAGCGCUAAUAGAAGCCUAGGCUAUGCCUAAACUAACAGGAGAAGUACCCCAAGUGCGACGCUCAGAUUUUGAUGAAACUUGGCACAAAUUUAGAGUAAUUUUUUCGAAAAUAUAUGCGGCAAUCCUAGCUCGCGCUUUGCAGAAACAACUGAGAUUUUUAGAUGGAAAGUUGGCGAAAAUUUGACACUUUUUGCCGAAUUUUGGCACGAAAGGUUUCAUGCCCAUUUCUACCAUAGAGGGUAAUAUUUCCACAAAAAAUUAAUUUUUUCCGCGCGAAACUAGCAAAGUUAUGGCCAAAAAUUGUUUUUGUAUUUGACCGCUCUCCACGUUUAAAGUAUUCUCUCGGUGGCAAAAAUCGUUCAAUAUCUCGGCGGCGCCUGCAAAGCGCGAGCUAAAACUUUCAGGAAUUGAUAUUUACUCCAUACCCGACGUGUGAGCAAAAUUUAAAGAAAAUCUGAGCGUCACACUUGGAGUACUUCCCUUGUAAACCUAAAUUAAUCUUAACCCGGCCAGAGACUGGAUAACUUUUCGUAUAAAAUGUCAUCCGCAGGUCGCGCCCCUAUCAUUCUCUAAAGGCUUUUUGGGGUUUUAAAAUUUCAGGAAAACACUUGACAAUGGGCGUGAAACUUGACUCAACCUAAAGGUUGUGGCCCAUCUCAGUAGCUCUAAACCUGUUAUUUCUACUAAAUUUUUAAUAUUCACAUUUUUAUUUCUCUUCAGGUGACCGAAUUCACGCUGGCUGGCCGUUGCCUUCUCCAAGGCGACGCCAUUCUGGAUGUGAAUGAGACUCCGGUCACGGGGAACAAACAGUGCAGCGACAAGAUCAUGGAAGGGUUACAGUCCAAGGGCUAUGUGACUAUGGUGAUUGAGCAGCCAGAGGACAUCUUGAAGAAGGCGCAGGUCAGAAACGCGCUGCUUCAGGACAAAACCGUCGACAUGGAUCCGCCGUUGCCUCCGGAUGUGAACGACAUCUGUCAGCGAGAAGUGAAUCGUUAUAAGAAGGAGCCGGAGAUGAAGCCCAAGAAGGAGGUUCUUCAUGGCAAAGAGUGAGUUUGCGGGUUCACUGAGAGGUCUACUUUACCCUCCACAAGCAAAAAAAAGCCUUUUUCAUGACUCUUCUUUAGCUACAAAACCCGUCCAGAUGCAAGUCGCGUCAAGCUCGAAGAACAGGCACAAGAUACGCCCAUUGUCUCGGACCGCAACCCCCUGCUCCUCAUCAACGUCCCCUCCGCCCCUCCCAGCACCAACUAUCAAUCCUUGGCGGCGCUGAGUCAGUCAAACAAGUGA